AUGUCCGGUCUCAAGCCAGGGGAUAGCUUCCCCGACGACGUUGUCUUCUCAUACGUGCCUUACACGGAAGAGAGCGCAGCGAUCACCGCCUGUGGCAUUCCACAAAACUACGCCGCGUCGAAGGAAUGGAAGGAGAAGAAGGUCGUCCUCUUCUCCGUGCCGGGGGCCUUCACUCCCGGAUGCUCAGUGCGACACCUUCCCGGAUACAUUGAGAACUUGGAGAAGAUCAAGGGCAAACAAGUCGACAUUGUGGCUGUCCUGGCAUACAAUGACGCGUUUGUCAUGGAUGCGUGGAGCAAGGCCAAUGGAGUCAAGAACCGCGAGCAAGAUAUUCUCUUCCUAAGCGACCCCGACGCCAAGUUCUCGAAAUCGAUCGGCUGGAACCUAGGCGAGCGCACCGCCAGAUAUGCUGUCGUCAUUGACCACGGCAAGGUCGUCUAUGCCGAAAAGGAGCCAGGACGAGAUGUUACAGUGAGUGCCACCCCCUACGCAGAUCCCGCGCGUUGCUGUGUUAUGUAA